AUGCCUCCGUCCGAGAGCCUCCGCCACCCUCUGGUGCGCGGAGCCGGCACCGAGCCGUGGCUCGGUCGCAACGGCUUCGCGCCUCCCCGCCGCUGCCGCGACACCGGCGCGCUCGUGGCGCUGCUGCUCUGCUUCGUUGCGAUGGCGGCCAUCGCCGCCGUCGCCCUGCGCGAGGGAGACAUCGGCCGGCUCGAGACGGGCAUGGACGUGACCAACCAGCUGUGCGGGCUGCGGCGCGAGGGCUACCCGGAGGCGAUCGCCGAGCGGCCGUUUGUCUUUUUCGCCUGCCUGCCGUAUGGCCGCCGCGAGCCGACGGUGUGCACGGCGGAGUGCCCGAAGGUGUCGGGGCAGUACGUGCGCUGGUACAACGGCUCGCUCAUCUCGUGCCCCACCGCCAACGGCCGCUCCAUUCCCGCCACCACCUACCCGACCACGCACCUGCAGCAGAACUGCGUGCCGUCCGCCGCGUCGCUGUACGCGCUCGUCGCCACCCAAAUCGACACGGACGCCUUCCCCUCGACCCUGGAGGGGAUGCUCAAGGCUCGCUGGCUCCUCGCCGCCGCCGCGUGCGCCGCCGCGCUGCUGGCCGCCGGCUGGGGGUUGGCUGUCCGCGCGCUGGCGCCGUCUCGACGGCGCGCGACCCUCAAUAAGAGAAAGACAGAAGAGGGCUUGUCGGUGGCGGGGGAGAUGCCGGUCCUCCAGGGCUCUCUGCAGGUUGCGACAAACGCGCAGAUGGCGGCAGCUCUCGCCGCCAUCGCCACCGCCAUCGCGGUCGGUGUCGGUGUCGCCCUGUCCUGCGGCCUGCAGCAGCGGCUGCUGCAGGCGGGCGGGCUGUUGCGAGAGGCGUCGGAGGCGAUUGCAUCGCUCCCAGCCCUCCUCGCGGAGAACGACGGCGAGACGAGGCCGUACUACGCUUCGGCGGCGCUGCGCAGCUACAUGGAGGCGCACAGGCCAACCUACGUGCUGCCGUCGAUGAGCUUAGACGACGACGAGCUGUCGCACGCCAUCCAACAGAUGGGCGGUCUUGACCAGCUGGGUCUUGACUCGCUCGAGCCGCCGCCGCCGAUGCGCGCCGUCGCCGGGUGACCUCGGGUCGCCUGGGGCGAUCUCUCGCCUGGGGCGAUCUCGGUCAAUCUUGCGGUCGCCGGGUGAGCGGCGCGCGCGUUGUCUGCGGCGCGGUUUCCCUUGCCGCCCACGGCUAUGCUGCAGCUGCUGCUGUUGGCUCUUCUGUUGCUGUUGCUGCUUCGCCAGUGGCUCAGGUGCUCGCUCGGCGCCCACCGUUACGGAAUCCCUGUGGCAUGGCGCGCGUACCUGACCCGCGGAGGGGCUGCCUUCGGUUUGUCUAUUGACGGCGCCGGCGGCCGCAUCUCGCUCUGCUCUGACCACUAUACUUUCGGAGUCCGCCCGCUCGCUCCGGACUGACUUCCUUGGAAGGUGUAAUUUAUUCGAUAUAUAUCGACGAACCUUCUGAAGU